GGACGACGGGCAACGUAUAUAAGAUGCGCGCAGGCGCAGUUCAGGGAGCGCACUUUCACUUGGACGCAGUGAAGACGUUCCUGUGUUGCCAUGGGCCGCCGUCCAGCUCGUUGUUACCGGUAUUGUAAGAACAAGCCGUACCCAAAAUCUCGUUUCUGCCGAGGGGUUCCUGAUGCCAAGAUCCGCAUCUUUGACCUGGGUCGAAAGAAGGCAAAAGUGGAUGAAUUCCCACUCUGUGGCCACAUGGUGUCUGAUGAAUAUGAGCAGCUGUCUUCUGAAGCCCUGGAGGCCGCCCGUAUUUGCGCCAACAAGUACAUGGUGAAAAGUUGUGGCAGAGAUGGCUUUCACAUGCGAGUGCGGCUCCAUCCCUUCCAUGUCAUCCGCAUCAACAAGAUGUUGUCCUGUGCUGGGGCUGACAGGCUCCAGACAGGUAUGCGAGGUGCCUUUGGAAAACCCCAGGGUACUGUGGCCCGCGUCCACAUUGGUCAAGUCAUCAUGUCCAUCCGCACCAAGCUUCAGAACAAGGAGCAUGUGAUUGAAGCCUUGCGCAGGGCUAAGUUCAAGUUCCCUGGACGCCAGAAGAUUCAUAUCUCCAAGAAGUGGGGCUUCACGAAGUUUAAUGCUGACGAAUUCGAAGACAUGGUGGCCAAGAAGCGCCUCAUCCCUGACGGUUGUGGAGUCAAGUACGUUCCCAGUCAUGGCCCUUUGGACAAGUGGCGGGUUCUGCACUCAUGAAGGCUUUGGCAGCACUGUCUCCUUGGGCCAUGCCGGUCUGACUUAUGCUUACUAAUAAAUUCUGUUUACUGACAUAAAUAACUACUUUUUAAAUUUUAAUAUUUUUUAACUAUCCAGUGUUUUAGAAUAUAGACUGCUAGAUAAUUUUUUUUUCAAUUUAUGCCAUUUUAAUGGCAAAUGUUACCUUCCUUCAGUAAAACUAUACAAUUUAUAGAGAAAGCUAUUACUGUUUUAAUCAAACACUUUAGGAGAGUAUAGAGCAAUAUGUUGAAAGUUUUGUUUGUAGUAAAGUCAUAAGUUAUGCAGCUGUCAUUUCUUGAAUAAAAAAUAGAUUUGAGUGAAAAAAUUUAUUGUUUAUAGAAUACAAACUAAACAGUAGCGAUGAAAAUAAUAGUAGGCAUUCGUGAUAUUUCAACCGCAUCCCCUGUGGAAGUAAUUUAUUUCUAAACUUGGUUGCCUUAUGUUUUCCUAUAAAUUUCUGUACAUUGUUUUUAGAAUUACCUUACACCUCUGAUUAUCAGCCUUAGGACAAUUGAGUAUCACUGAAACACGCUUUUCCAGAUGAACUUUACAUUGUUUCACAGUCAAGAGAUAACAGUCUAAUCUUUUUUUCAUCAUAGAAAAGUCAUAGGUGACAACAGAGUUCAUAUUGCUUGUAUCUGGGCUCCAGUAGAACCAAAAGAAGAGAGAAAAUGACACUAAAUCAGCUAUCUGUACUCUAAAAGGACCCUAGAGAGAGUUUGCAAUUGUAGGUGCUUGUCCUGUAUUAGAGUUACAUUGAUCACACAAGUGCUUUUUGUUUUAUUUUUGAAACUACGUAAGCUAAAAUUCCUGAGUUUGUACUGCAUUAAAAAAAUUCCUGUUCUUUACAAUUGA